GCAGUGCGUGCUGCGCCUCGGCCAGAGAUGGGCGUAGCGAGUGGCGGGAGUGCGUCAUGCUCGGCGUGACGUUGGAGCCGCGGCACGAUGGCAGCCACCACUGCUGCCGCCCUUGCGUGCCUGCUGUUUUUGAUGAUCGGCAGCGCGCGCCUGCAGGACGCCGAAACACCGCUAUGCCAGCGACCGGGCUGCAACUGCGUCCAAAACACCGCGAGCUGCGAGUUCGCUCCUGAUCAGGUGGUGCAGCUGGGCGCGGGCGCGCUGCCGGCGGGCUCCUCGGUGUCGGUGGUGUCGGUGUCGGGGCCGCGCGAGCUGCACGUGCUGGCGGGGGCGCUGUCCGGCGUGCGGCUGCUGCAGCGCCUGCGCCUGCGCAGCAUCGGCAAGGUCGUGCUGCGCAAGGCCGCCCUGCACGCGUACGCCGAGCCGCACGCCAUCCUCGAGGUGAGCGACUGCGGGGUGCUGGUGGUGGAGUCGAAGGCGUGCCAGGGCCUGCGCGGCGCGCUCAUCGCGCUGGUGGCGCGCUGCGGCCACGUGCUGCUGCAGGCCGGUGUGUUCGCGCGCCUGCUCGCCCUCGCCGUCGCGCACGUCCCGCACCUGCAGAUGCAGUCCAACGCGCUCGCGCUCGACAUCAGCGCCGGACAGGCCACCGUGGUGAACCUGACGCACGUGCUGAUGCCGGAGCUGGCGAAGCACACGUUCCCGUCGCCGGCGGUGGAGGUGCGGCUGCAGGACUGCGAGGUGGUGUCGGUGCGCGAGGAGGCGUUCAGCGCGCUGUCGCUGGGCAAGCUCUCGGUGGUGAACUCGUCGCUGCACGACGUGGCCGCCUCCGCCUUCUCGGACCGCACGCUCAUCGACCAGCUGCUGUUCAGCGGCUCCCGCAUCCACCGGCUGCGCCGCGGCGCCCUGCUCGCCGGCGUCACCAACCUCACCAUCGAGCGCUCCAGGAUAGAUGAAGUGGAGAGCGGCGCGGUGAACAACACGGUGGCUGUGGUGACGCUGCAGCACAACCACGUAGCUCUGGUGCGGCAGCAGGGCUUCGUGCUGCGCAAGUGGAACCGCCUCAGGGUCGUCAAUAACACCUUCGAGCAGCUCGAAGAAGACUCCAUCUGGGCUCCCUACCAGACAGUCGCCGGUGCACCAGUGUCGGAGCUGCGUUUCUCGGAGAACCGGCUGGGCGUGGUGUCGGCGGGCGGCCUGCGGUGGCUGGGGGCGGCGGCGGCCGGCGUGGGCUCCAAGACGGCGGCGGGCAACGUGCUGGAGGGCACGCCGUGCCGCUGCGACCUGCUGGGCGAGGAGGCGGCGGCGUGGGCGGCGGACGCGCUGCUGUGCCGGCCGGCGGCGCCGCUGCUGGCGCGCUGCCUGCGCCCCAGUGCGCUGCCGGGGGCGGCGCCGCAGCCCGCGCUCUCGCUCGCCAACUUCACGGCCGCCGUCUGCGGGGGCGGCGACGUGCUCGUCUGCCAGGACGCGCCCGCCGUGCUCGCCAACGCCGACGGCGAGGAGUCGGGUCGGCGCAGCACGCUGGUGCUGGCGCUGGUGCUGGGGGCGGCGGCGGCGGGGGCGGCGGCUGGCGACGGCUCGCCGGGCCACGAGUACGCCGAGCUGCAGCCGCAGGCGGCCGGCACGGGCCCGGGGCCGCCGGGGGCGGGGGCGGACGACGACGCGUUGCUGCCGGCCGAGGACAAGUGGACGCAGACGCUGCCCGAGGAGCUGACGCAGGAGCUGCUGCAGACGCUGCGCGACAAGCUCGACGACCCCGACAACUACAGCGAGGCGCGCGACAUGAUCGAGCACCUCUACGACCUCAUCAAGGUGGAGGAGAGCGGCGCCGAAGAGCGCGAGACGGGCGAGGUGAUCCGGCGGUCGGCGCGCGGCGCGACGCGCAGCACGGGCACGCGGGCGCCGUCGCCGCCGGUGGGCGCGGCGGUGCGCGUGUGCGGCGAGUACCUGGAGCCGCGCGACCGCUCCCCGGACCAGCACCUGUACGCCGAGCUGCCGCCCGCCGCGGGCGCGCCCGCCGCCGCCGCGCUCUGCGAGUACGCCGAGCCGCGCGACAGCCACCGCCACGCCGCCCACCACGUCUACUGCGAGCUGCCCGCCAACAUGGCAGACCGACCGCUGCCCUCCACGCCCUCCACCCGCUGACACCGUCCGGCGCUGUAACCACUCCGCCUCGCCGAGACAAUUCGUCGUCCGGUCGUCCUCGACCACCGCGACUGCCCGGACACUACAAUAGCGUCCGCAAUCGUCGCUCCAGUAGAGCGCGACCACAUCCUUCACUGGGGGCAAUAAUUUCACACACGGGCGGAGCCAGAACCGCGCCCUCGGCGGUGACGUCACCGUCGUACUCGGCGCAUCCCUCAGCGCCGUUCGUCGACGCCCGGAACGGCGCUGCGAUUGCGGAAGUGUCCGAGAGUGGAGCGACCACUUGUUGUUGCCGUCUUUCCAGUACCUCUAUCCGACACUCGUCUUCCACAGCAGGGCAGCGGGACUGCGUGCACCGUUUACUGUGAUCGUCCGUCGUCCAGUGGAGUGACGCUGGGAGUGUCGCGUAGUGUUCCUAUGUGUACGAAGACUUCUUUUUGUGGCAGCCUGUUGCGCCGCACGUCCUUUGCAUUAAGACUGUGAGGCGGCGCACGAAGCGCCGCCGUCCUUUAGCUGACUGUGAUAUGUUUUUAAGUGUCACCACUACCCGUGUUCGCGGACAUCUGUUAUCGCUCGUGUACCGCCUAAUGCAGUGCCUGUGUUUUCAGAGCUGUGCUUCCUAUGUCGAGGAGCACGUACGAUCGUUUCUUUCCAUUGUGAUUCUAAAAGCGAAAGAAGAUAAUCGUGCGGCUACAACUGGCGGAGAACGAAAUCGUCCGAAGUGGUACAGAAGUUGCUCUAUGUGAAGUUAUUCUCGUCAACAUUUCCUUCGUUUUGUUUAAAAUGUUUAAAAGAAAUAUCGGUGUAAAUUAUUUUCUCACUAUAGCACAGAAAGUGUUUACUUCGAAAUUUUGUUGUCCGUCGCAACCUAGCCAUUUUCUGUUGGGGAAUGUGUGUUGUAUGUCGGAGGUUGUAAGAGUUUUCUUAUUCAGAGUUAUCAAUGUCUUUCACGAAUAACGAGGUUAUUUCAGUUCGCAGUGUCACGUGUGUAUCAAAGUAAAUUACCGAGCGUCCUGUCCUCUGAUGCGUAGGUGUGGUUCUGACUGAUGUGCAGCAAACAACGAACAAUGCAUUGCAUAAUGUCUUGCAUUUCCGUUUGUAUAUAAAUAAAUUCAUAUAUAUAUAUAUAUAUAAAUAUAACAUGCCAUUCUUGCAGCAAUAAAACAUUUUUAUGUGUAAAAAUUA